UUGUUUUGGGCUUCGCUUCACACUGUUUCUUUCGUAGUGUUUUUGGUUUUAUCGUAUUUUCCCGCUGCAACAAAACAAAAUUUCUUCUUCUAAAGAGCAUGAUACACCUUAAUUACUAAUUCUAUUAUUUUAUACUAAAAUGUUUUACCAUAUAUCACUGGAGCACGAGAUAUUAUUGCAUCCACGGUACUUCGGCCCUCAGUUGCUGGACACUGUGAAACAAAAAUUAUAUACUGAGGUAGAAGGAACCUGUACCGGAAAAUAUGGAUUCGUUAUAGCAGUGACAACAAUAGACAGCAUAGGAGCAGGUCUCAUACAGCCUGGGCAGGGCUUCGUAGUGUAUCCUGUCAAGUAUAAGGCGAUAGUGUUUCGACCAUUCAAAGGAGAGGUUCUUGAUGCUAUAGUUACACAAGUCAACAAGGUUGGGAUGUUUGCACAAAUUGGACCACUGAGUUGCUUUAUCUCACAUCAUUCCAUCCCAGCUGAUAUGGAGUUCUGUCCAAAUGUGAACCCUCCGUGCUACAAGAGUAAGCAAGAGGACAAUGUCAUCCAGGAAGAAGAUGUCAUAAGACUGAAAAUUGUGGGCACAAGGGUUGAUGCCACUGGAAUUUUCGCAAUUGGGACAUUGAUGGACGACUAUUUAGGAUUAGUUACUCAGUAAUUAAGUAAGGACUAUUUGUAAUAAUGAUUAAGUUUCUAUUCUAAUUAAUGAAUUUAAGAUAAAAGUA